UAAUACAGUCGCCAAGACACCUCAAGUCGCCACCAACUGUACCCGCUCAAAAACGCCGCAGGAUAAUCUGCUUAACCCCGACCCCGACGAAGGCGCCUCCCACGCGUUCCAUGGCGCGUGUCUCACGCCCCUCCUUUUACUCAAGCCGCCGGCGACGAAACACAGCCACUCUUAUAAAUCCUAACGUCGUUGUCCCUGACUACUCUGUGUUUCUUGCCUUCUACUUCCAGCGAAAGAACUUCUAAUCUCAAUACAAUAACUCCCUCUCUCUCUCUCUCUCUCUCUCUCUCUCUCUCUCUGAACUGCUUAGUACGUGCUGGGUUUGUGAAUGGCGGAGGCGGGGAAGUCGGCGUUCGACGGCGAUGCUGCGUCUGCGCUGGUGACUGAACUCAGAGGCGCCUUCGCUUCCGGUAAGACCAGGAGCUAUCAGUGGAGGGUGACGCAGCUCAAAGGCCUCGUCAAGAUGGUGGAUGAUCGCGAGCGCGACAUAGUCGAUGCUCUUCGCGCGGACCUCUCCAAGCCCGAGCUUGAGUCCGUUGUUUAUGAGAUUACUAUGUUAAAGAACUCGUGUACACAGGCUCUUAAGGAGUUAAGUGUUUGGAUGACUCCAGAAAAGGUUAAAACUUCAUUAACAACUUUCCCUUCAUCAGCAGAAAUAGUCUCAGAACCACUGGGUAUUGUGUUGGUCAUUUCAGCAUGGAACUACCCCUUCUUGUUAUCUCUUGAUCCGGUUGUUGGAGCUAUUGCAGCAGGUAAUUGUGUGGUUUUGAAACCAUCAGAAAUCGCUCCGGCCACAUCCUCAGUCAUUGCAAAAUAUUUAGGGGAAUAUUUGGAUAGCUCUGCGAUAAGAGUUGUUGAGGGGGCUGUUGCUGAAACAUCUGCAUUACUAGACCAAAAAUGGGAUAAGAUAUUUUAUACAGGAAAUGGAAAAGUGGGAUGCAUUGUCAUGGCUGCUGCUGCAAAGCAUCUUACACCUGUGGUUUUGGAACUUGGAGGAAAAUCUCCUGUUAUUGUUGACUCAGACAUCAAUUUAAAAGUUGCUACGAGGCGGAUAAUUUCUGGGAAGUGGGGAUGCAAUAAUGGGCAAGCCUGCAUUUCUCCUGAUUACAUUAUAACAACGAAAGAUUAUGCUCCAAAGUUGGUAAAGUUAACUAUAUGUAAAAAGAUGCUUUUGAUCUACAAUUUGCAAUUUCCAUUUAAAUUCAUUUACCUGAUUCCAUUUUCUCUCCAGGUUGAUUCUCUGAAAUGUGAAUUGGAGAAGUUCUAUGGUAAGGAUCCACUGGAAUCAAAGGACUUGUCCCGCAUUGUGAAUUCCAAUCACUUUGCUCGCUUGACUAAGCUGUUGGAUGAUGAUAAGGUUUCCGGUAAGGUUGUGUAUGGAGGUCAGAGGGACAAAAUCCAACUAAAGAUUGCCCCCACUGUACUGCUGGAUGUCCCAGAAGAUUCCAUGAUCAUGAAGGAGGAGAUAUUUGGUCCUUUGCUUCCCAUUCUUAAGGUUGACAAAAUCGAAGACAGCUUUGAUUUAAUAAAUGCUAGAACAAAGCCACUUGCGGCAUAUAUGUUCACCAACAACAAGAAGCUCAAGGAAAAGUUUGUAUGGACCGUCUCUGCAGGGGGGCUGAUUAUCAAUGAUGUUGCUUUGCAUCUUGCAGUUCCAACUUUACCAUUUGGAGGAGUGGGGGAGAGUGGGAUGGGUUCAUACCAUGGGAAGUUCUCUUUUGAUGCUUUUAGCCAUAAGAAGUCUGUUCUGCACCGAGGGUUUGUCGGUGAUGCAGCGCAGAGGUACCCACCAUACACGCCUGGGAACCUAAAAUUAUUGAAGGCUCUAUUGGGCGGUAGUAUUCUUGGCAUAAUUCGUGCUUUGAUUGGAUGGGCAUAAGGUUCCUAACUUGUUGCAUGUAAUUUGUAUUUUGUAAUUUUUUCACCUUCACAUCUCUCUCUCGCAUCUCACUCGCUACAGGGGGGGCUCUUGUGCUCUCAUGAAUGCGUGCAGACUAUUUAAUAUAUAAAAAUAAUUUAUUAGUGUUUAUUUA